AUGACAUUAAGAGAAACUGUUGUAUUACCCAUGGCAGACAAUACCACCAAGAAAUCAUCGUCGAUCACGGUUUCGGAGACAUCGUCACGGACACUUUCGGUCAAAUAUGAAUCGACCGAAAGCCUCCCGUCACCGCAGGACGAUUGCAUGUUGAAGUUGGCUGCCCUGAUGUACCUACGCAUAAAGAAACAAACCAACGUCCACUUCACUUUGAACGUGGACGUCAAAGAAACAGGAAUUAUGAAUGUUCUCUUCUUGGAUCUGCAAUGGACGGAAAGGAACGGACGGGAUCGUUGGAUAACUUACCUCGUCGCCCCGGCGCAUAUAAGAAAUGCAAGCGAGAGGAAUGAUUCACCUGCGUCCCACAGACGUCUUGAAGAUGUGCUUGCACAAGAGGAUCAGGCAGCAAGGAUCACAGAAACCCAAGAGUCACUUGAUAUGCCUACUUACUGGCAGAUAUUCAAGUCUGCGUUGGCAGAAAUGAAUCUCGUCGACCUAGAUGAUGAGACGGGUGAAUCGAAAAGUCACACAAAAAGAAAUGGUAGCUGCCGGUUCAUCAUUUAUACCACUGAUACUUUAACUCGGAAUAUUAAACCUGUGAUCUCUACAAAUGUAGACUUUCCUUUUCUUGAAUUAUUUGCGACAGGAGAUACUGAAGAUAUUGUUUCGUUCAGUGACGAAUUUCAUCCAGAUGUAGGGGAAGACCGAGAAACGGAGUUUUAUUACAAAUUCUUCCUUCCACACCUAAGAAUUUUCGCGAAACAACGUGGGCCCAUGGAUUUGAAUCCGUUGAUAGAACAAGAAUUGGCAUGUGCAGAGAAGGAUCUUACACUUGAUUCGGGAGAGCUUUUAUUGGCCUAUAUGGACUGGAUGAAAGAAUGGCGUGUGGAGGAUGAGAACUGUCUCACUGACACUUCUGUAGUGUUAGAAAAAGCUGUAAUGAAGAAAAUGAUGGAUGAGGAUCAUCCACGAGAUGUCAGAUUUAGUGAGACAGAGUGCAAAAAUGUGAUCCGCCAGAUAAAUACAGAUAUUGUCUACAUAAGUAUUCCUGACAUUUCGAAACAAAUAAGAUCCUGCAAGGUGGCACAGGCACUUCGAAUUAUGCACAAAAACAAUUUCUUUAUUUUAUCAGGAAGAAUUUUGAGCAAUUAUAAAUCAGCAACACUUUCAAAACUGUGCGAUAGAGCGUGUGACGCUGUAGUUAUAAACAGUGAUCUCACUGAGGAAUCAAUACAAAUUUUAAAUACUAUCGCUACAGAGAGACUGAAAAACAUUAUCGUAAUAUCAACGGACUUUGCGCCAACGUUGUGCCAAAUGCUUCUCUCUCUCCAACGAACCUACAAGGAAUGGACCGAAGUCUGGACACUAAACGAGCUGGAGGAUAGCCAGCAAGAGGAUCUGAUGGAAUGUUCGGUGAGCUUUCAAGGGCGUUUGGUAUGUUUACAAAUCCUUGAAAACGUGUGGCCCACGUUACGCUCCGAAAUACAUGGCUCCAUGCUGAACGCCUUGCUCACUGGGCAAAUAGGGGUCUUGGGUGCUGAACUUGUCCCUUACACAGUAUGGGAUCCCUAUAUUAACCGUAUUCUCUGCCACAGAACCCCUAUCAAGCCAGAAGUGCUUCAAUUGAACACGGAUCGAGAUAUAAUCAUGGUCACUGGAGUGCCAAAGAAGCUUUUAAACGAUAUGAUGAAUCAAGCAGGACGAGAAAAUCAGUCAGUCACUGAUUCUCCACACGUGUCUUCAAAUCCGAAUUCCAACAAUUUGACAGGAAAUAAAUCACAGUCGAGGUUUGAAUAUGUGGUGGAUUGUGAGAGCAAGGCUGCAGUUGCAGUAUCCGGUGGUGUAGACAUCGGUUACAGCAGACGAUACACAGGCGAUUUAACUCGGAUAGAUCCUCCUGAGGAUGAACCCAAUAAGAAAGUAUUGAUUUUCUCGUACGCAGAAUCUUCGGUAUUGAGCUCGUUCAGGCGAGAUCUUCAUCAAUACACAGAACACUCUAUCAAUUACACAGGAAAGAAUAUCCAUUGGGUAUCGUAUGAUCGAGAUAUUUUAACCUGGAAAAAUAGUUUCGGGUCUGACGACAAAAUUCUUAAGUAUAUAGUCAAAAUGGGAAAUAGCUGUAUCAAUGCUCCGAUAUGUGCUCACAGUGAUACAAGUACUUACAAGUAUGACACAUGGAAAUUGAAAGUGGUAACUUUAACAGGCGGAAGUGGUAUGGGGAAAACCACUGUUUUAAGAAAAAUUGCUAGUGAUCUUUGGGGAGAAUUGAAAUCAUACUGGAUAAUAGAGAUUAAUUUAUCAAAAAACAGAUUUCUUAUGGAAACCAGCUUCGAAAGCGAAGAGAUCAGUCUGUCAGAAAUUGUCGAGUUUCUGUAUUGUAUUGUGCAAGGACAAGAUUCAACUAAUCCCACAGUCUGUCGCAAUUUUUUGAAUUACAGUGUAGAAACAGGCGGGAAUUGCGUUGUGUUGUUCGACGGUCUGGACGAGCUCGAAGACACGCCCAAGCAAACCGCGCUAAAGCUUAUCAAGAAACUAUCAGAAACAAACGUAGGGCAAAUAUGGGUCAGUAUGACUGAGAAAGACGAGCUCGAUGUAAAUCGAUCGUUAUGUGGCCCUCCUUUAGAAAUCCAACCGCUCGAUGUUGAAGAACAGGCGGACUACCUGUCGGAACGUUGGGCCUUAGAAAACGACAUGCGCCAUCAGGCGGAGAUUUAUAAUCCUGUCGCAGAGACGGUAACGGAGUGCCUGCCUUUCUGCGACGGCACAGCCCUUUUCUCCGUGCCCCUCUACUUAUUCCUGUUCGCCGGCACGUACGUGCCCCCUCCCCGCAACUUCGACGUCGUGAAGUACGCGGAGGGCUUGGGCAACGACCUCCCGCACUGCAGCGUUUUCCGCUUGUACCGCGACUACGUGCUCAAGUUCGAGCGCAGUGAGCGCAGACGCCAGGAAGCGGCCACGUCGACGCCCGCGCGCUCCAAGAAGUCCAAGAAGAAGAAGAAAGGCGCCGCGCAGCCCCCGCCUCCGCCCGCGCCCCCGCCGGUCCCGGAAGUGGACCUGACGUGCGAGGCGUUUUACAGGAGGUCGCAAAAGCUGGCGGCCCACGUGACCUGCGGGAACACGCAGAUGGUGCACCGCAGCUUCUCCGAGUUCUACUUGGCCCUGUGGUUGAAGGAGAACCACGCCACCCUGGGGAUCGACUACCUGCGGCAGAGCGUGUUGCCGCCGGCCGGCGAGUACCACGGCGUGCGUUCGCAGCUGGACUGGCUGCUGGCCGACGGGCUGCUGCUGCACGAGGUGGCCGUGUCGGGGGAGGACGUGAGCGAGUCGGACGUGGUGUGGGACGGCGGGCGGCUGCACGCGCGGGACCUCGUCGGCCGGACCGCGCUGCACGUCGCCGCCAUGUACGCCCGGGAGGACCUGGUCUACCAGCUCCUGCAGGCGGGCGCUGAAACGGACGUGGAAGACGAAGUUCGGCAGUGGACGCCCCUGGACUAUGCGGACGCCACCUGCAACCUGGCCAUCAUCGAGAUGCUUCUGGAGCAGGGAGGGGACCCCAGCCGCCUCAAGACGUUGCGGGAGAAAUCGGAAGAUGAAAAGUUGCAGUUGAUGCUCAAGAGAGCGUAUGUUCUCCACGAGAUGAAAGAUAAAUGUCGAAGCGAUUCUCUAGUUUUCGUGGUUCCCGCUUCCGACAUCGACCCUGAGAAACUAGGCUUGACCGAAGAUUUAAUAAACAACAAAGACGAUUGUUUCAACGAAGAUACAGUGCUGUUCACACUCGAAUUGCCGCGGCCCUACGUGUUCCCGUUACCGCAGAUCGCGUUCAAAGGAUAUACACAUGUUGCAAAGUACCUGUUGGAAAACAACUGUGCGGAUGAUCCUUGUCUGUUCAGUGUGUCUGCGUUGCACACGGCGGCUUACUAUGGGCGCCACAACAUCGUAAAGUUGCUUCUGGACCACGGGUUGGAGUGCAACAAACGCAAGCACGAUGGCCAAACCCCUCUGCAUGUCGCUAGCAAACAGUUGAACUUGAACACAGUGCAGGUGCUUUUGAAAGCUGGUGCCGAUGUAAACGCUCGUGACAAAUUCUGGAUGACGCCAGCUAUGCUGGCAGCUGCCAGUGGGAUGUCCGAAGUGUUGAAGGCGUUAAUCAAGCACGGCAUCCACUUGGAAUCCGCUGAUCAAAGGGGUCGCACCGCCUUGUACCACGCUGUUGACGAAAAUAAAAUGGACACAGUUAAAGUCCUUCUGGAGGCUGGUGCUAAUGUGUACACCGCUGACAAGUUUGAGAUACAUCCACUACAAGUAGCGAUUGCCAAAGGUUUUUCUGAAAUAGUGCUGGAAAUGUAUCAACACGCGGAUAUCACCAAACACAGAGAUCUAUUUGGGGCGACACCCUUACAUCAUACGUGUGCGUACCAACAGUUGGAUUUGUUAGUGAAACUAUUGGUGAAGAAACACGCAGUAAAUGUUUCAGAUUGUGAUGGGGUGACACCUUUGCACAUCGCAGCUAAAGUGGGUAACUUAAAGUUCGUGGAUAUUCUGCUGAAGAGAGGUGCUGACGGCAAAGCUAAAGACAGGAACGGAUUGAAUGCUUUACAUUAUGCCACCAUGGGAGGAAACUGUGAGAUUAUAGAACUAUUGAUACAAAUGGGCGUUGAUGACAGAUCAGGCAAGUCGAAUUAUGAAAAGUGUAUUUUCUUAGCAGCAAUGGUAGGGAAGGUUGAAGCUAUGAAAACCCUUCUUAAACAUGGAGCUGUAAUAGAUAAAACAAAUCCUCGUCAUUGUUCUUUACUUCAUUACGGCAAUGUUUCGAAAAACGAUGAAAUUAUCAGGUUGCUCUUGGAUGUGGGUAUAGAUCCAAAUGUGCAAGAAUAUUCUGCUAAAAAUGCCCCUCUUCAUAUAGCUGUCAAAAGUGGCGUUCUCAAAAUUGUGGAGAUGUUACUCGAGAAGGGUGCAAAACCAAAUGUGACGACCCAAGAUGGACGCACGCCUCUGCAUUUAGCCGCCAUUUCAGGCCACGUGUGUAUAGCGGAAGCUCUGUUAAAACACGGCGCGGACCCUAACAUUGCUGAUUGCACCAACUACACACCUGUAAUAUUAGCUACGCGAUUUAAAAACACUGGAGUUCUAAAAGUUCUCGUAGAUGCAGGUGGCAAUACAAAUAUAUUGGAAGGAAAUCAAUGGUCUGUACUACACGUUGCCGUGAUAGAAUGCGACAUGGCCACGACGGAGUAUCUGCUAAGCACGGGCAUGGAGAUAAAUCUAACAGAUUCUCGAGGUUUCACUCCUUUACUUUUAGCGUGCGGAGGUAACGCAAAGUUGGAAUUCAUAAAGUUUCUGAUUGGCCGAGGUGCGGAUGAAACUGCUAUUGACAGCCAGUACCAACGAACGGCAUUGCAUAACGCAGCUUACAGAGGUAAAAUAGACGUUGUGGCUUUUCUCCUUGAAUUAGGCUUGGAUGUAGACUCAGAGGAUAUAUGGGGUUCCACGCCUUUGCAUAUGGCUGCAUUGCUGGGUCAGACGAAAUGUGCUAUUUUUCUUGUCAAUAAAGGGGCUGAUGUGAACGCUUUCAAUUCUUUAGGAGAAACGCCUUUGCAUAAGGCAUUUGCAAGUAAACGAAAAAAUACCGUUCAAGCAUUGAUGGACCUUGGCGCAGAUCCACGAAACGUCAAAUUUCAUGAAUUAGAUAUCUGGGGUGGUUUUGUGGAGAGAGCUGAGUACGUUCGGAAUCCUGUCAAACUUCUGCAAGCACCAGAACAAAAUACUCGGAGAUCUCCAAUCAAACGGAUGUCGGCGAGUACUCCGCGUCGGAAGAAUCUUAUAUUUGUCAGUAAUGCAGCGAAAGUGCCCAGAAAGGUAGAAAAGGUUAUUAUGGGCGAAACAGAACGGAAAUUGGGUACGAGUGAAGAGGUCGACAUUGUUCGUUCGCAUAGACUAUUUCUCGUGCCUCCUGAAGACGUAGACUUAUAUUUCCCACCCAAUGAAGAAUUGAAAGACGUGUCUUGGGAUCACAUAAGUUGGAGUGUGUCAUCUCACAGUCCACAACCAGGAUCAGCCAAACAGACUCCUUCACCGGGCCCGUCCAAGCAGACUCCUUCACCGGGCCCGUCCAAGCAGACUCCUUCACGGGGCCCGUCCAAGCAGACUCCUUCACGGGGCCCGUCCAAGCAGACUCCUCCACCGGGCUCGUCCAAGCAGACUCCUCCACCGGGCUCGUCCAAGCAGACUCCUCCACCGGGACCAAAAAGCACCCCUACCCCCGGAUCCUCGAAAAAUAUUCCUAAGCAGAAACAGUCUAAAAAUGUUCCCAAACAGGAGGAAUCCUGUGACGUCACUCAAAAAGACCAGUCUAUACUCGCAGAGUCUGCGAUAUCGCAGAACGUUAAAGGCAAAAAGUCGAAAAAUGAAAAGUUGAAGGACUCGCCAGCAGAAAAUAUUCUGUUAAAAGAAGGAAAAGAUGUUCCAACUAAAGCUCAACCGCCAAGUACCAAUCAAAGACGCCGUCGUCGUCGAUAAAAUAUAUACAUCGACGCCUUACCCAAUGCUGAAAGUUCACAAAUGUGAGAAUUGUUAGUGAGGUAAAGGACUGAUGUAUUACUGGAUAGUUUUAAUGUAAUAUUUUACUUUUUUAAUGUUAUUUCCCAGGAGUCUGAUCUGCAAUCUUUUACAUUUUAUUUCAACAAAUGUGAAUCACUUUUUAAUACUUUUACGUACAGUGUGAUAAUGUUGUAUGAAUAUAUUGGAAUAAAUGCUGGCAUUGUCUAUUUAGAGAUGGAAACAGUUAACGACGAACCAUUAAAUUGUCGUAAUGCAGUUUGGUUAUUCUGCAGGAAAAAAAUUAUAUCCAAGAAAGAAAGAAUUGAUUGCCUCUUAUUUGCUCAGCCUAAUUACUAUAUAUUUCCAAUAUUCUAAAUCUCCUUUGAAAAUAUGGAUAUUGUACAUCUCAGAAAUAAUGCUUUGCCAAAAAUAUCUCCAAAAAUGUCCAACAAUUUAUUGUCGAUAUAUCAAUUCUCUAAUAUUUUGUAGGAAGUUGCUAGCAGGGUGUAUUUCUGAGGUGUAAAAUAUUGUAUUUUUUAAAAUAUUCAAAGAUUUUAUAACUUACGACAACUUUUAUAACUUUAAUCAUUAAUGCCUUGGCAAAAUAAAUUCAGUUCGUAUAUGAAGUUCUAUUACAAUAUUUCUAUUGAUAGACAUCCAAUUUAACAUUAAAAAACCCUUGUGCCGUGACGACUUGCACUAUUCUAUAGAAAUUUGUUGGGUAGAACAAGUGCAAGGUUUCGAAUUUGUAGUGUUGUCUAAACAAUAUGAUGUAUGCUGUUAAGUCCAUUAAAGGGUAGUGACUAUUUGUAAAUCCAAUUAGUUUGGUGGCCUUUAUCGGCUUUCAACCCAGUAGAAACAAAUGUUUGUGUUCACUCAUGUUUGUGUUCAAGGUUUGUGCCAUUAAUACAAAAUUACAAUCUGAUUUAUAAUACUAAUUGUGUUGUGUAUUAUUAUCCUAAUUAUUUAUGUCAGUAAGACCUCUGGAAGGCAUUAAAGAAGUUGAAAACUUAUUUCAGGAUCAAAUCGUAUCUUUUAAUAACGUUUUUAUUCAAAGAAAAUGAACGUAACUAAAAUUCGACGAUUGUGACUCAGAGCCUGUAAACAAACUUGGAUAUUUUGCAUUUCAAUUGCAAUUUUAAUGUUUACGUUGUAAUACGAUAUAAAAUGUAUAUAUUUAAGGUGGUGUGAAGUCCCUGUAUUACAGAAAGGUUUCGCUGUAAAUCAAAAAUUGUUUGAAUAAGUGAGACAAAAUGAUUUUAAUUUUCAUUAAGUAAAUAGUCGAAGAUCCUGUCUGUCACUUUGCAGUAAUCUUUGAUUGAUUCGAAAGUAAGAACUGUGGGAAGUAUUGAAAAAUUAUGAUGAAUUUACGAAUUAUUACUAUUAAAAUUAAAUGAUACAUUUUUUUAAAAAUACGACAAACUUGCCGAAGUACCCGCAGUUGCCUGGACUGUCUUGUCCUGCCUCCUAUUUGGAAAUAUUCGGUCUGGCUCGCUUACUUUUCCGCUAAAGAAGUUACAUUUUUCUUACUGGUAGAGACAGCUCCUAAACAUUCCGCACUGUCGAACUAAAACAAUAAACAAAUCUAAACUACAAAUUAAGAGAGAUUAACUUGAGGCUUAACGUAUAUUAUUUUUGUGAAGUUUUAUAUAUUAUAACAAUACUUAGUUUUGUUUGUCACAUUAACU